AUGGAGAUUGAAAAUACUCAGCCAUAUUUCUUUGGAGACAUCGGCUGCUGGUCAGAGAGAACAGAGGUGCACAAGGCGGCGUCCCUCGGCCAGGCCUCCCAGCUACAGCACCUCAUUCGGAGCGGAGCUUCAGUCAAUGUCGUGGCAGUGGACUCCAUCACACCACUGCACGAGGCCUGCCUCCGCGGACAGGCCCAGUGUGUCCAGCUGCUGCUGGAAGCUGGGGCUCAGGUGGAUGCGAGGAACGUAGACGGCAGCACCCCGCUGUGUGAUGCCUGCUCCGCUGGUAGUUUGGAGUGUGUGAAGCUCUUGCUGGAGCACGGCGCCAAGGCCAACCCCGCCCUCACCUCUCGCACUGCCUCCCCUCUCCAUGAGGCCUGUAUGGGUGGUAACGCCGACUGUGUGAAGCUCAUGAUUACCAUGGGCGCUUGUCUGGAGGCGUACGACCUUUACUACGGGACCCCGCUGCUCGUGGCUUGUGUUAACGGACACAUAGACUGUGUCAAAGUGCUGCUCAAUGCAGGUGCUAAAGUGAACGCUACCAGGCUACAUGAAACUCCGCUGCACCACGCGGCUAAGAACAUGCGGCUGGAGAUGAUCGAGACGCUGGUGGAGUUCGGGGCCAACAUCUACGCCAGAGAUCACAACAACAAGAGACCUGUGGACUACACCACGCCGGGCUCUCCCUCUGCAGUCUGCCUACAGUUGUAUGAGACCUCUCCCAUGAGUCUGCAGCAGCUCAGCAGGUUGGCGGUGAGGAAGAAGCUAGGCACCAGAGCUCUGAAGGUCAUAGGUCAACUGGACAUACCCAAACUCAUCAUCAGCUACCUCUGCUAUCAAUGAGAGAUCACCUGGGAGGAGGAGCUGCGUCGAUGCUCAUAGAGAGAGAGUGGAAACUCUCACCUCUCUCUGAUUUAACAGUAGAUGUAAAGGUUAGUGACGAGCACAGCGCUCUCACGUUUUCACGACUCUACUUUCAUUUCAAGACUUGAAAGCAAAAUGUAAAUGUAUUUAAUGUGUUUACACGCACACUAACAAAUUGAUUUUAUGUAUGUUAAAGAAUCGCUAUCAUGCAAACACUUAGAUUUUCAAUGACCUGAACAGGAACUCUUGUCAGUCUGUGGAAUAUACAGUAUGACUGUAGAAUAUCACUUCAGCAAUAGAUAGAUGAAUAGAUAGAUAGAUACUUUAUUUAUCCCCUAGGGGAAAUUCAUGAUCAAUGCGGUGGUUCCUACA